AUGUGGCUGGCGAAGCUGGAGCCCAAUGUCAUCAGCUACAACGCUGGGAUCAGCGCGUGCGGGAAGGGCGAGCAGUGGCAGCGGGCUCUGUCGUUGCUGAGCGAGAUGCGGAAGGCGAAGCUUGAGCCAGACGUAAUCUACAAGGGCGAGCAGUGGCAGUGCGAGAAGAGCGGGCAGUGGCAGUGGGCCCUGGCGCUGCUGAGCGAGAUGCGGGAGGCGAAGCUGGAGCCCAACGUCACACAUCAGCUACAACGCUGGGAUCGGUGCGUGCGGGAAGGGCGGCCAGUGGCAGUGGGCCCUGCAGCUGCUCAGCGAGAUGCGGGAGGCGAAACUGGAGCCCGACGCCAUCAGCUACAGCGCUGGGAUCAGUGCUUGCGGGAUUGGCGAGCAAUGGCAGCGUGCUCUGGCGCUGCUCAGCGACAUGUGGGAUGCGAAGCUGGAGGCCAACGUCAUCAGCUACAGCGCUGCGAUCAGCGCGUGCGAGGGCGAGCAGUGGCAGCGGGCUCUGGCGCUGCUUGGCGAGAUGCGGGAGGCGAAGCUGAAGCCCGACGUCAUCUCUCUACAACGCUGUGA